GGUCUUGUUAGCAUUCAGCUUCUUAACAAGAUCUUCCUUACGUCUUCGAUCAUAUAUAUGUUUCAAUCACGGGCCCACACGCGGUAGCUACAACAAAUAGAGCCAAGCCUCUCGCCGCAUAUAUAAAUACUCGACUUCAAUUUCGACUAUCCUCAAUCUUCCCGUUUCCUCACGUUUAAUACAAGCCUUGAAACCAGGCCAACCGCCCACAUCCCACUCUUUUUCACGACUUCAAUUCAGAAUGUUCAGCAUCGUGACGAUUUUCUCUAUUUUUUCUGCCUUUUUGUUGGCAUUUUCUACCGCUGCACCUGUCCAUCCCGUUGAACUGCUCGCCUGGAGCCCUACCAUCCUUAGCCCUACCCCUCUCACAUCCUGGCCCCGUGGUUCCACGCAGACCGUGACCUGGGCGACAGACAACGUCCCUGCUGAGAAAAUGAAUUCUACUGGUCUCCUAUUGUUGGGAUACCUAGAAAACGAUUCCGAGAACCUAGACAUCAAGCAUCCCCUUGCCGUGGAUUUCCCUAUCAUCAGCGGUGAAGUUGCCUUCACCGUUCCUGAGAACGCCACGGUUCGCUCCAAUGCUAUUGUUGUCUUGUUCGGUGAUUCCGGAAAUGCUUCUCCAGAGUUCUGCAUCGUAUAAGCUUGUGCCUCGGGCCUUUAACCUUAAGCCCAGUCGGACUCGGCUUGGAACUCGAGAUGACUUAAUAACAUCAUGGACAUGGACUUAGCUUUACUUCUUUUACUUGAUCACGGACUUGAUGCCCUACGCUUGAUUUUUCGAUUGAUUCUGCUAAAGCAGAGACGAAUUUCUUUUCCUUCUACAAA